AACAACAACACAGAACAAGUUCGAAAAGAAGUGGGAGAGAACCAAAUUGAGGAAAGAAUGGGUUCUGUGGGAUCUGAUACUCUUACUCAUAUCUUUCUUGUGUGUUUCCCAGCACAAGGCCACAUAAACCCUAUGCUGCGUCUAGGUAAACAUCUAGCUGCCAAGGGUUUCUUGGUCACCUUCUCCACUACUGAAGAUUAUGGGAACAGGAUGAGGAAGGCUAAUGGCAUCAUCGACAACCAACCGACACCGGUCGGAAAUGGAUUUAUCAGGUUCGAGUUCUUUGACGACGGGCUUCCUGACCCUGAGGACCCGAGGCGACCUCAGUUGGAGUUCUACAUCCCGCUUCUUGAGAAAGUAGGGAAGGAGUUGGUGGCUGGGAUGAUAAACAAGCAUGGUGAGGAAGGUGGUACAAGAGUUUCGUGCCUUGUGAACAACCCCUUCAUUCCUUGGGUUUGUGAUGUUGCUACCGAGCUUAAGAUCCCUUGUGCCACGCUUUGGAUUCAGUCUUGUGCUGUGUUCUCCGCUUAUUACCAUUACAACGCCGGGACGGUGGCGUUUCCGACUGAAGCUCAACCAGACUUGGAUAUUCAGUUGCCUAGUAUGCCUCUUUUGAAGCAUGAUGAAAUUCCAAGCUUUUUGCACCCUUUUGAUUCCUAUGCGAUUCUCGGUAGGGCAAUUUUAGGCCAGUUCAAAAAGUUAACUAAGUCGUCCUACGUAUUGAUGGACACGAUACAAGAACUUGAGCCUGAGAUCAUUGAGGAAAUGUCAAAGGUCUGCAUAGUGAAGCCGCUUGGUCCCUUGUUCAAGAUUCCGGAAGCUACCAACAAAACCAUUCGCGGUGACCUGAUGAAGGCCGAUGACUGUCUUGACUGGCUCAGCUCAAAGCCUCCAUCAUCAGUUGUUUACAUCUCUUUCGGGAGCAUUGUGUACCUGAAGCAACAACAAGUAGAUGAGAUCGCUCAUGGUUUGUUGAGCUCUGGGGUCUCAUUUCUAUGGGUUAUGAGGCCACCGCGCAAAGCAGCCGGUGACGACAUGCAUGUACUGCCAGAAGGGUUUUUGGAAAGUGUCGGUGAUAAUGGAAAGUUGGUGCAAUGGAGUCCACAGGAACAAGUAUUGGCUCACCCUUCUUUGGCUUGUUUCUUGACUCAUUGUGGUUGGAACUCUUCAGUAGAAGCACUGACUUCGGGAGUACCCGUGGUAACUUUUCCUCAGUGGGGUGACCAAGUGACUAAUGCCAAGUACUUGGUCGAUGUCUUUGGUGUGGGGCUUAGAUUGUGUAGAGGAAGAGCUGAGAAUAGGUUGGUCCUGAGAGAUGAGGUUGAGAAGUGCUUGUUGGAGGCGACUACGGGGGAGAAGGCGGUCGAGUUGAAGCAAAAUGCUUUGAAAUGGAAGAAGGUGGCGGAGGAGGCGGUGGCUGAAGGAGGUUCCUCCCAACGCAACCUUCAUGAUUUUCUAGACGAGAUUGCAAGGACUUCUAUAGCUUAAGCGGAUUGUAAUAUAACAAUAUUGUUUGUAAGUCUUUUCAUUCGCUUUGUAAACAAUGUUAAAUUAUGAAUACAGUAUUAGAAUGAAUAAUGUAAUAAUGUCCUAUGAUUUAAAAG